ACCAUAACGAUUUAAGAUUAAACAAAAUGGCGACAAGUUUAGACAGGCUUUCUGAUGAAACGUUUGAUUUGCUCUGUUCGCCAUGUAAACGUAAGCAUAUCAACAAAGAAGCCGACAAAUAUUGCGUUGAUUGUUCGGAUUAUUACUGUUCUAUAUGUGUCAAGUUUCAUAAGGAUAUUCCUGCUCUGAGUGGACAUAAGAUUCUAGACAAGGGACAGUUUCAACAUGGGACCAGCCAAGCAUUGCCAAUGGUACCAACCGAGCGUUGUGACAAACAUAAUCAUAAACCUGUUGACAUGUACUGUCAAAAGCAUGAUGAUGUCGGCUGCUCCACAUGUAUAGAUGUUAAACACAGGUUCUGUAAAAAUAUCUUCUACAUCCCCGAAUACAUCCAGAACAACACCAACAUACCUGAUCCUAAAGAUGUCUUGAAAGCACUAGAAGCAACAGAGGAUAAAGUUACCGAGCAACUUUGCAAGUUCCGACGUGAAAAAGAACGAAUUUUUAACAGGAGAAGAGAGGUAUUUGAGAAAAUGGAAAAUAUUGCAGAAGAGAUGAAGCAGCGAGUUGAUAAACUUAAACAGGACACUAUGAAGAAGUCAGCAGAUAUGUUUCAACACGCGGAAAAUAUGACUGAUCAGAAUAUGUCUGUGUUACAGUCCAUGAAUUCCAGCAUCUCGUCUGCUAAAGAAAAGGUUUCAUCAUCUGGUAACAACAUAUCACAAGUGUUUGUCAGCACAAAGAAAGGUCAGAAUGUGGCUUCUAAAUUCAGGGAACAUGCUGAUGAAUGUAACGCUUCCUACCAGACUAUGGAUAUAGAGUUCGAGAAGGAUCAGACGUUGCCAAAACUGCUGAAUGAAAUGACUGACCUAGGUAAAGUUACACAACGCAAUGUUAGAAGAAUUAGACCUACACCUGAUGGUAAGAAAUUACAAAAGGACAACAACAUUCUUUUUCAGAUUAAACAUAGAAAGAAAUAUAACGUCAAGGCCUCAAAAGACAGUGAAACAUGCUACAUUAUCAGUGUCUGUGCUCUUGAAGAUGGAACGCUAGUGCUUGCUGAUUACAAUAACUUGAAGCUAAAACGUGUUGAGAGUAGCAACUACACGGUUACUGAUUCCUGUGAUCUAUCUGCUCCCCCAUGGCAAGUUUGUGCUGUAAAUAACCGGGAGGUUGCUGUCAGCUGUGGCGGAGUUAAGUUUGUUUCUCUUCAACCCAAAAUGACAGUUACCAGACAGAUAAAUCCCGGUAAUAUAUGUAAAGGAUUAGCCUAUGUUGACGGACAUUUGUAUAUUUCAAUCGCGAAUUCAGUUUAUGAAUAUACCACAGCAGGAACAAAGCUUCACCAGUUCACCAAGAACCAGUCUGGACAACCGCUUUUUGACAAUAUAUACAGCAUAGCUGUAAGUGGUGACGGUGGUAAAAUUUAUGUUGCUGAUUGGACCAAUGGUCUUAUUUCUAUGGACAGAACGGGCAAGGUACUCGGGACAUUCAAUGGCCCAGAAGUAAGCAGUCCCAAAGAUGUUUUGGUAACUGAUAAUGGAAGUGUACUUGUUUGUGGAUUUGACUCUAAAAAUAUCGUACAAUUUGAACCUGACUGCAAGAUGAUCGGAGAGGUACUGAAAUCAAAUUGUAACGAGAAAGGAUGUACAUCUAUCUGCUACAAUUCAUUCAGUUCAAAACUGAUCGUAGGUCGUGUUCACACAGAUCAGAUUGAAGUGUAUGAUCUCAUUUAAUUGAAACUUUGUAGACAGUUCAUUCUGUACAUUUGCUACAAAACAUAUUUUUGUAAAUAUUAUACUAGUACUUACAGAAGCCUUUUAGGGCCAUAUUGACCCAAUUCUUCAACAUCCUUACGCGUUUAGGAUAUAAGUAAAAUUAAUGGCAAUGACAUUGCAUUAAGAAAUAAAAAUGGUUUUGUUUUGCCUUUAGAUGUGCCUGCGUUGUUUAUUUAGCAAAACUCAAUAAAAAAAUACAUGAUUCAGUACAAAAAAAUAGUUUGAUAUUUCAAACAUAAAAACUAAGUAUAUUUCACUUCAAUAUACUUUUAUUGACUUAGCGCGUAUGAAACUUUUUCUGAAGAAUAAUUACAUGUAUAAUUAUGAGAAGAAACUCAAAAGCUCUAGUUUUCCAAUAUUUACUAUGCAUAUUAUAUACCUACUGAAUGGGUUGCCGAAGGACCGAGGGCAAAUAGUUUUGACUAUUGACAGACAACCGAUUCAAUAAAGGUUUUACAACAUGACGUAAAACAUUUUUAUUCCACAUUUGACGUUAGGUGAGCAAAAUUUAUUAUAUGUAUCGAAAAAUAGACCGGUCAAUAGUGGUGAUUUAUAUAAGAGAUCAUGUAAUAAUUUUUUCUACAUGUAUGUGUUUAUGCAUAGAAAAUUGAAAGUCUUGUAAGAUCUAUUUGAGUUUACGAAUGUAGUAUUGAACUCUAGAACAUUGUUUUAUAUGUGCGGUUUGAGUUUACGAAU